AAAUCCACGCAGCCCAAUACGAACAGACAAAAACCCUAACCCUAAUUCCACGUUCAGAAACCUUUCACUUUCACCCCCGCCCUUGCUUCCCACUCGCUUCUUCUCCUAGUCCGCAUUCGCAGAUUGUUGCCGAAAAUGCCGUUCAAGAGGUACGUCGAGAUUGUCGUUAUCGUUGACGUAAUCGACCAGAACCGGGCCCUAGUCGAUGCUCCAGACAUGGUACGGAGCCAGAUGAACUUCAAGAGGCUCUCUCUCACAGACAUCAAGAUCGACAUCAAGAGAGUUCCAAAGAAGAAGACUCUUAUAGCUGCUAUGGAGGCUGCCGAUGUGAAGGGCAAAUGGGAAAAGAGCUCCUGGGGAAGGAAGCUGAUUGUUCAGAAGAGGAGGGCUUCCCUGAAUGAUUUCGACCGGUUCAAACUAAUGCUGGCUAAGAUCAAGAGGGCUGGUGUCGUCCGGCAGGAGCUUGCAAAAUUAAAGAAAGAGAGUGCGGCCUGAGCAAGUAUAAUUUCCGAUAUUUAAGAGUUUGGCGUAGGGAUAUGAAAGUUGUGUUGGUUUAUCAUGCGGAUUUACUUUCUAUUGAAUUCAUUGCGAAAAGAAGAAUACUCCAAUUUUGGCUCUUAUGAUUUGAACUUAUUUGAAAAUCAUUAUUCUCUAAACCUUUUUUAAGCUUUGACAUAGCCUCCGGCA